AAAGAUCGAUCAAUCCGAAUCUAAAUAUCAAGUUACUAAUAGAGAAGUCAUUAGUAGUCAUUUCGACUUUGGAGGAAUUUUAUAUAACCGAUAUAAGGAUUUAAAAAAAGAUAAUGGCAAGGAAGGAGCGAAUGCUCUACUUUUUGAUGAGGUUAGGAAACAAAUACCUAUUGAAGUGACUGAUGGCGCCUUAAGGAAGAGAACGGAGAGAGCCCGAAAAAUCUAUAGGCUUUUCACCGCUAUUGUUAAAGGGGAUGAGAA